UCUGGUGAACGAGGGAACGAGACUUGAGGCCAUCGAGUUGCAAUUGGAUGUCUUGGCUCAGUGAAACCAUAUUCAGCUGAACAUCGUCGAUGAAUGCUUUCGCCUUAGCUUCUCCGGUUUCGAUGAGUCCUUCAGCCUUAUCGCCUCCAGUUUACAAACCCUCCGUCCUUUUAUUCUCACCAUCCGCGUGUACGACUUGUAAGAUCGUUGGCAAUCGCAAAACCAAUUCUUCCGUCUCUGUUCAAUCUUCUCUCACUUCACAGGCUGUCACUUCCGACCCAUUUGUACUUGAACUUGCUGAAACCCUCGAGGACUCUGUCGCCUCGUCUUCUUCUUCAGCUCCCCGACCACUCCAGAAGCUCAGAGAAGCAUCCUCUGAAUCAUUGCUCUCGACUCCUUGGCCUUCUCGCAAAGACGAGCCCUUUCGCUUCACCGACCUCUCAUUCAUCAGGUACUCAGAAAUCCGCCCUGUUUCUCACCUUCCGGGCCCCUCAUGCUUGUCGGCCAUCUCCGUGAAUACUCAAUUUCCGUAUCUUGGAAUCGUUGAUGGCCACAUCGUAAAAUCAAUGUCCAAUUUGUUCGGAUUGCCAGAAGGAGUUUAUGUUGGCAGUUUGUCGGAACUCACUUCCGCGAGCAUAAUGGAUAGGAUCUCGGAAAUUGUUUGUGGGCUGAAUGAUGGAGACUUGUUUUGGUCUAUCAAUGGAAUAGGGGCUCCUGAUGUGACAGUAGUUUAUGUUCCGGAGGGGUGCCGCGUGGAAAAUCCGGUUCAUUUGGCGUACUUUUCAUUUGAGGCCAGCAACGAAGGUUCGAAUGCAAUGCACGUUUCAAAUCCAAGAGUGCUUGUAUUGGUGGAGAAGGGAGGAGAGAUUGAUAUAAUCGAGGAAUUUUCCGCCGAAAACGCGAAUCAAUGUUAUUGGGCAAAUUCUGCUUUGGAGAUGGUCAUUAGAGAAGGUGGAAAGGUGAGGCAUUCAUAUAUUCAGAGUCAAUCAUUGGGUGCAGCUCAUAUAAAAUGGACCUCAGUCCAGCAGGAAUCAUCUAGUACAUAUGAGUUGGUUGAGGUAAGCUCGGGAGGAAAGCUUGGCAGGCAUAACCUUCAUAUCCAGCAGUUGGGCCCGAACACAGUGACAGAAUUAUCUACAUUACACUUGUCUGUUGACGACCAAACCCAGGAUCUGCACAGUAGACUUGUCUUGGACCACCCACGAGGUUAUUCCCGUCAACUUCACAAGUGCAUCGUGACUCAUUCACAGGGGCAAGCAGUAUUUGAUGGGAAUAUAAAGGUUAACAGGUAUGCUCAGCAGACAGAUGCGGGGCAGUUGACAAGAAGCCUCCUUCUUGAACCUCGGGCAACUGUAAACGUCAAACCAAAUCUCCAAAUUGUGGCCGAUGAUGUCAAAUGCUCUCAUGGAGCAGCAAUAAGUGACCUAGAAGAAAGCCAACUUUUUUAUUUUCAAGCUCGUGGUGUUGACACAAACACAGCUAGGAAAAUUCUAGUUCUUGCCUUUGGAGGGGAGAUUAUAAAUAAGUUGCCUUAUCCUUCUAUUAGAGAGAGUGUACAACGGCAGAUUAAGCAAUUAUUGGAUCCAGCUCCCAAUUGAUCAUCAUGCAUGGUAGAAGUAGAAUCUGACAGUCCACAAACUGUUGGUUUUCCAGAGACUUCACUCUCAAGAGGAGCUUGAUAUGCUUUUGGGGAUGAGAAGUGCAUUGAGGUUUUGGUACUCUAGCAGGUUCGAUGUCUUAUAUCACUGCUAUAUUUGAAAACAGAAGAUUGAUGGUGCUUCCUAGUGUUCAUUUUUCGGUUACGUAAUCAACUUGUAAAGAAAUUAUCGGCAAUGAUUCAUUCUCAGAUAUUGGAAGAAAGGCCAAGCUGGGGCCUUGGGGGGAUAUCCUGUUUCGGGCCUGGAAAACCCCGAAGAGGGAAUUCGAGGAUUGAAAUUGAAAAUUGGCUUUUGCGGGAUUUGAUCCGGGGUGUAGUAUGCGUCAGAUGGGCAACUUUUGCUCUAGACUUUAGGAGGGAUUUUAGGUGCCCCAUUGAUCGGAGGCCCUCCUUGGGGCUGGGGGUGAGAAGGCACCUUUCUGAAUUGUGGAGCCUGCGGUAUCAAAAUCUCUGUAGGACCUUCAAAGUGGUUGCUCUUUUUGUUGGUGGUAAAAGUCGUAAAAUUUUUAGACUCUUAUAUACAGCAACGCUAUGAUGACCAAAGAUGGUUGGAGUAAUAAAUAUUGAUGUGCUAUUGUCAGUGUA